AUGAUCGGGUGGGGCGACGUGUACAAGGUGGUGGCGGCGACGGUGCCGCUCUACUUCGCGCUGUUCCUGGGCUACGGCUCCGUGCGGUGGUGGCGCAUCUUCACGCGGGAGCAGUGCGACGCCGUGAACCGGCUGGUGGCCUUCUUCGCGCUGCCCUUCUUCACCUUCGAGUUCACGCUGCACACGGACCCGUUCCAGGUGAACUACCGCGCCGUCGCCGCCGACGUCAUCUCCAAGGCCGUCAUCGUCGGUGUCAUCGCCUGUUGGGCCGCCAGGGUCACCUCCGCGGGCAAAGGUGCCGGUGGCGGCGGCUGGGCCGGCUGCGCCGUCGGCUGGUCCAUCACUGGCUUCUCGCUGUCAACGCUCACCAACUCCCUCGUCGUCGGCGUGCCCAUGGCCAGGGCCAUGUACGGCGAGUGGGCGCAGCAGCUCGUCGUCCAGCUCUCCGUCUUCCAGGCCAUCGUCUGGCUCACGCUCCUCCUCUUCGUGCUCGAGAUCAGGAAGGCCGCCAUCGGCAUGUACGUCGACGUGCCGGACUCGCCGGUUAAGGACGUCGAGGCCGCCGACCCCGCCGCCUCUGCUGCCACCGUCGUCGUGGUCCCUGUCAUCGCCAGCGACAAGCCCUCGCUCUGGGCGCUCGUCAAGGUGGUGGCGCACAAGCUGUCGCGCAACCCCAACACGUACGCCAGCUUCGUCGGCAUCACCUGGGCCUGCGUUGCCAACAGGCUGCACAUCGAGCUGCCCAGCGCCUUCGAGGGAUCGGUGCUCAUCAUGUCAAAGUCGGGCACAGGAAUGGCCAUGUUCAGCAUGGGGUUGUUCAUGGCGCAGCAGGAGAAGGUGCUGGCGUGCGGGCCCAGCUUCGCGGCGCUGGGCCUCGUGCUCAAGUUCGCGCUCGGCCCGGCCGCCAUGGCCAUCGGCUCCAUCGCCGUCGGCCUCCGCGGCGACGUCCUCCGCGUUGCCAUCAUACAGGCUGCACUACCUCAAUCCAUCACAUCAUUUAUAUUUGCAAAAGAAUAUGGGUUGCACGCUGAUGUUCUUAGUACUGCGGUUAUUUUUGGGAUGCUUGUCUCCUUGCCGUUGCUAGUUGGAUUUUAUAUCAUUUUAGAGCUAAUUAGGUAG